UUGAGGUUUCAUUGUCAAUCGUCUGCUUUACUUUUUUGUUUUGGUGCAUCUGGGUGUGCUUGUGAGUUUCAGGUGGGAGAAGUGGGAGAGCUGUCCGAGAUAUUUCAGUGGAAAGGGGAGGUUCCAAGAGGACUGCCUGAUUGGAAAGACGAAGAGAAGCAACACCUGGGUGAAGAACUGUCAGACGUCUUGCUCUACCUUGUCAGGCUUUCUGACAUAUGUGGCGUUGAUCUUGGUGAAGCUGCUCUUCGUAAGAUAGAGCUCAAUGCUCUUAAAUACCCGGUCAAGGGCUCCUCCAAAAAGGAGAAGCUCACGCAAAACAGCGCAGCUGAUGACAACAAUGGUAAUUUUAAUGGCGGUGUUACAGGCAUCAGCAAUAGUGACAGCUAAGGCAGGGAGUGAUGGGGUUUGAUCUUUAUGUCCCCUCUUGACUUAUUUGCACCCUUUUUAGCUUCUCAAAGCCUUCUCUUUUAUUGUUGUUUAUGGGAAAAUGAUUCUCAGAUGUUAUAUUAUAGUGUCUUGUAGUUAUUUUCUUAAGGAUGAUUUGGUGGGGUUGCGUGGAGAUUAAUAGGGGAGAUUAGUGGUUGGGGUUUCAGGUUUGCAUUAGAACGACUUGGGGUGGCGUGCCACUGUGUUCCGUGACACUGUUCUUGGUGCUAUGUGAUUGCUGUUCUUGGUUGGGGUUUCA